CUGAUUGUUUUCGUCGAUAAUUGGAAAACGAAUCGCGAGCAGUGCAUGACGUCUCUUGAAUUUUGCCCGUGAUAAUAUAGCCGAUUCUGUGCUCAUACGUUGGCCUUCUCCAUCGAUUCGACGACCGUCGCUCCGUCUUUAGAUUGGUUGUUAUUGGUCGGUAUAAAUAUGCCAGCAACAAAUCGGAAAAAGUCUGGUGGCAACAAAUUUGAGUUCAGUGAAAAACAGAUGGCCGAUAUAAAAGAAGCGUUUGAAUUGUUUAACGUAGAUGGAUCAGGGUCAAUCGAAACCAAAGAAUUAAAGGUAGCCAUGAGGGCCUUGGGCUUUGAACCAAAAAAAGAAGAAAUCAAACGUAUGUUGCUUAACAUAAAUAAACAGCACACUGGCGUCAUAACAUAUGAUGAUUUUGUUACUUUGAUGUCUAUAAAAAUGGCAGAUAAAGAUUCAAGAGAAGAAAUUAUUAAAGCAUUUAAACUGUUUGAUGAUAAUUGUACAGGAAAAAUAACAUUCUCCAAUUUAAAACGUAUUGCCCAAGAAUUAGGCGAGAAUAUUGCCGAUGAAGAACUUCAGUUUUAUAGUCAAGGGAUUGUAGUGGCCGACUGGAAUAACUCAUUUCAACCCAGCAAUGGGCAGUCUUUCUUUAUAGGCAGGAGGUGUUCAAAGAGAAAUUGCCCCCUCUCCCCCCACAGCAGAUGUAAAAAAAAUGAAGUAUGCAACAAUUUAUGCCAGAGAUUCCCCAAAUUUUCACAGUACGACCUAUUUUGUUAAAAUUUUCGCAAUCCACAACAUACUAGUCACCUUUUUUUUCAUUGUUAAACGCUAUCUUUGUGAUCAUUAGUUUGAAAGCGUUGUGGUGAUACAUCACUAGUACACUUCUAUUUGUCGCGAAUAAUUAUCAAUGAUAAAACUAAAUUUGAAAAUUAAUAUAGAAUUACUCAGAAAAUAUUUUAUCAUAUUUGUUUGAAUUUAUAGUCUUAUUUAUAUACAUCAUAUAUAUCUUUUCAUUUUUAUAUUCAUAUAAUUUAUAGUAUAUAAUUAUAAUUAUGAAAAAAUAUAAAAAUAUUUCAAAACUUAAUGUGACCCAUCAACAAUAUAAUCACAACCACAUCUGGUUCGCGACCCACAGUUUGGGAACUUCUGGUCUAUACUGUUGGUUCUAAAAUAAAAAGUACUUUUUAUAAAUAACUAAAAAAAAAAAUACUGUAAAGAAUAAAUAAAUAAGAAAAAUUUAGUUAGUAAAUAUUGUGCCAUAGCAAAGAUAUUAUCUUAAAAUAGUUAACUUAACAUUUGAAAAUUGGGUACAAUCAGACUUUGUUUUAUUACUAGUUUAUUAGAAACUACUGUUCAGUAUCAGUGAAAAUAAAAAUGUUUUCAUUACUUAAGUAGGUAGGUAGAUAUACGUAAUUGAUAUUUUAUGGAUUACUUUUGUUUUAAUGAAAUGUAUUAAAUAGAAUUUAAAAAAAAUCUAAAUAAAUUAGUGUUGACCCACUAAAAAUUAAA